AUGCAAAAGUAAUAAGAUGAAUAAGAAGAUGGUUUUGUGAGUUUUAUGUUGGAAAAAGAUGAUUCUUAACUAAUUAACCCUGAAGAAACCUUACUAAAGUAAAACAAUGAUCAGGACUAUAAUUUAUAAUUGAGUCGGCAGUUUUAUGGCUAAAGAAGAGAAAGUACUUCUGUUACCAUAACCAAAGCGAAUAAAUUAGAAUAAAUAAACCCAGCUAUUUUGAAAUAAAAAAUCAUCCAAAGAGCAAUCAUUACCAAUUCGCAUAGAAGAAAAUUAGCUGCUUCUGUACCGACAGUCAGUGAAUAAUUGCAAAAGUAGAUCUAAAACCUCUUAUCGUCUCGUAAACCUAAAAUGUAAAAUAGUAUCUAAACUAGCUUUAACAAUAAACUCACCUUAACCCAAUAUAUUAACUAAAUAAAAAAUUCUAAUAUGUAUCAAAACCCUUUUAAACUCGAAUUGCCAAUCGCAAAUAAAAAAAUAAAUAUAUUUGAACCAAGAACUUAUAGAUUAAGAAUAGAAGAUUCUAAGACUGAUCAAUAGAAUCAAUUUACAUAGAAUUCGCAUAGAAGUACAUUAAAUAGCAGUACAAAAAGCACAGCAAAAAUAGAAAAAAUAUAUGAUAUUUCUUAUCCUAUUAAAACUGAUGCAGGAGAUGACAACAUAUACAAGAUUUCUUACAGAUAUAAAUAAUAAUGA